ACAAAGAUAGUUGCCACAAAGUCCGUAUUGUUCAUGUUAUUUGCCGGUAUAGUGGAUGUCCUGCUAGGCCGGAAAGCCGACGAAACUAUUAUAAACGAGAGUGAUGUUGCACUAACUAUAACGAAAACAUGCACAACUGUCAAGAAGGCUUAAAUAUGUGGAAAUAAUAUGAUGUUGGGCGCCUGCGCACAGUGGGAGAGUCGCCUCACACACCCACCCCUUCGAUCCUGUCCUUAUCUCACUGCGUUGUUGAGAAAUUGUGACGAAGGACAACGGCGAGUUAUAAGGUAGAGACUGCUUGAUUCCAGACAUUGGGCGGCAGCGCAGAAGUCCCAAGGACGCAGCUAGCCUGAUGCUUAGCUGUGUGCACCCAAACCUUUUUGUUCUCUUCAAGAAACUGUUUGGUGCAGCCCCUGCUGGUGACUCCGAGUCCGAAGCAGACAUGUACAACAACUUUGGUCCUCAGUGGCCUUUUGUCAGACAGAGACAUCCAGCUAGUGCUCAGGGCCUUGAUCAGAAAGUGCGGGCUGAGAGGAUAACGAUCGAGGGGGAUGUACUUAGCUACAGUGAAGAGGAGGAGGAGGAAAGAGUUGGUGUUUACGUUGGAGAGAUGCCAGUAUCUGCAGAGCGUUGUUAUUUUGAAAUCGAGAUAUUGGACAUGGGUGUGCAAGGUGCCAUAUCAAUAGGUCUUUGUUCUGCAAAAUACCCACUACACAAGCUGCCUGGUUGGGCUGCUGACAGUGUUGGAUAUCAUGCAGAUGAUGGAAGAUUAUACAAAGCCCGUCCUAGAGGAGUGGUGUUUGGCCCAAGAUGUGGGGCUGGUGAUCGCAUGGGUUGUGGAAUAAAAUUUGAGCAGAUCUCACCUGAAAAUGAUCCAUCAUCAGUACCAGUUUUCUUCACAAAAAAUGGGAAAGAGGUUGGAUCCGUAAUGGUAAGAGUUCCUCCUGGUGGACUGUACCCUUGUGUAGGGUUGGCAGCAGCUGGUGAUGCUGUCAGACUGUCUCCUCAACUCCUUUGGCCUCCAGAUGAAGACACUCACAUGUCAGUAGAUUCUAUGGAAGAGGAAUGGCUAAGACUGCAUGACAUUCGACUAAAUGGACAGCAGAUGCUGGAGUACUGUGGCCGUGGUAAGAGCCUGGUUGAUGUUGGCCUUGCUCAAGCCCGUACACCAUUAAACACAACUUCGCACUAUUUUGAAAUGGAAAUAGUUGAUCCAGGGCGGUCUGGUUACAUCACCAUUGGAUUGACGAAAAAGGAAUACCCAAAAAAUAGACAUCCUGGCUGGAAUAGAGGGAGUAUUGCUUACCAUGCUGAUGACGGAAGAGUGUUUGCAGGUAGUACAGUGGGCUCCCUCUUUGGGCCAAGAUGUCAGAAAGGGGAUGUCAUGGGUUGUGGCAUUAUAUUUCCCAGAGAUUAUGUUUGCAACUAUGACAGUGAAGGAGGAAGCAUGGAGGAAGAAAGCCCAGAACCUUUGGAAUGUGAGGACUUGCUGGAACAUUUAUUACAGUACCCCCAGCCUGGCCUGCCCCCAGAUUUCUCACCACAGUAUCCACGUCUCCACCAACACCAGCACCACAACCACAUACUCACCACUGAUUCAGAGGAGGAGGAGGAUGACGAUGAAGAUGAUGAGGAAGAAGAGGAGGAUGACUCACUUGAACCUUCACGACAUCAUCCAGUUGGAGGAAAAGUGCAGGUGUUUUUCACAAGGAAUGGCCAGAUGAUCGGCAGGCGAGAGGUUGCUCUCCCCAAAGGAGGGUUUUUCCCCAGCAUCAGUAUGGGAAGUUUGGACGAACGUGUGAGAGUUGAUCUGCGACCAUUGACUGGCUAGUACAUGAAUUGCAUUGCAACACUCAUCUUUCUAUCUCAUACUAUCUUUAUUGACAUAGUGCAGAUUUUUCCUCGAAAGAGUAACAUAUAUGGGUGGUAAACUACAUUUUCUAUUUAUUGUACCACUUUCCAACUCCUUGAAUAUGAUUUACAUAAAUGACAGGAGAAAACAAAAAGAAAAAAAAAAGAAAAAAAUCAAGCCUUACAUUAAACUUCAUUUCUCGUAAUGUGUCCUAUAUUGCAUCUUUACUCACACUUAUAUGUAAACAGUAAUAAGAACAUGGAGAGAGAAAAAAAUGCUUAUUCUUAUAAGUUCAGGGUCAUUUAUGUGUACUGACAAUAAACCCCAAUAUUUUCUA